CGGCCUGCAAGAGGCCCCACAAAGGACCUGUGGACACACCUCCUGCUGGCCGUGCCUCAUCUGCCCUCUGGGAUGGGGGCCCAGCCCUCCUGCAAGGUCCUGCUGUGUCCAUGGUGCAAGGAGGAGGGGCACACAGACCCUGUCACAGUCCCCGUGCCGCUGGGCACUCUGGAGGAGAUGCAUUGUGAGGAACACGGGGAGAAGGUAUGCUUCUUCUGCGGACAUGAUGCUCAGCUCCUGUGCACGCGCUGUCGAGAGGGCCCCUCCCACCACACCCACGCCGUGGGCUUCCUGGACGGGGCCUGCCAGCCCAACCAGUCUUGCAGGAACUUCAACUCCAGCCUCAGAGGCCCCUCGGUGAUGGACGCCAAGAACCAUCUCUCUCAUCAUCCAGUCACCAGGUCUGCAAGCGAUUUCUCAGAGGCACCUCUUGGGUCUUUAACUCGGCCUCAUCCCCACAACCGCCACCAAGUCCAGGCUCUCAGUGCUUCACCCAGACAUUGGACGGCCUCGGACGUGCUCCCUGCCUCCACUCUCUCUGUCUCCGAUCACCCUCCAACCCUCCACGAGGACGGUGUCAGGACUCAGUUGGAAGCCCUGAGGGUGGAGGGAGAAGAGAUUGAGGACAUAAAGAGUCGGGAAGACCAGAAGUUCCAAAUGCUUCUGACUCACAUCGAAAUCAGGAAGCAGCAGGUAGAAGCCGUGUUUGAGAAGUUGCAGCAGGAGCUGAGGGAACAGCGGGGCCUCCUGCUGGCCAGGCUGAGGGAGCUGGAGGUGCAGGUCUGUGAGGAGCGAGAAGGCUACAUCUCCAAGUUCUCCGAGGAGGUUGCCAGGCACAGAGCCGAGGCCGAGGAGCUGGAGAACUGCCAGCAGCUGGAUGUGGGCGUCAGCCAGAGCAGGUGUGAGAAGACUUUUGUGAGUCCAGAGACCAUUUCUCCUGCCCUUGUCAAGAAGAUCCGAGAUGUUCACAGGAAAAUCCUGCCCCUCCCAGAGAUGCUGAGGACCUUCUCAGAAAGCCUGGUGCAUCAUCUGGAAACAGACUCAGGGGCCGGGACCCGGGACCCUCCGGCCGCCAGCUGGAGCACGGCCCUCUCCGAGGACAGGAAGCCGACGAGGUUCACCCGGGACCAGCAGGACCUGCCUCACUGCCCCUGGAGCUCCGAGGGUGUCCCCUUGGCGCUCGGCUGCCCCGGCGGCACCUCCGGGCGCCCCCGCGGGCAUGUGCAAGUGCAGCCCAGAGCCCGCGGAGGGCGUCCUAAUACAGUGUACGACGAACCAGCCAGACGCUGAAAACUUGAAAGACAACGGAAUCUGUGACCGCGACACAAGCCUGUCCCUCCUUGUAACUCCGAGCUUCCUGAUUUACCAGACCCCACUGUUCAAUAAAGUGACAUUUGCUUUCAGGUCCAA